AAACACGCCCUUCUCCAGAGACACCGUCAGAAAAGUGCACAAACCCAUCUUCCCUCUGUCAGUACUAUUUCCCCGUUUGGUGCAAACGUACUGUAAAGUACUUCAAACUGUCACUUGGUUUCGUGCUUUAAUUUACAAUGUCGGCAGUUCCAGAUGCAGCCGUAGAAUCGACAUUAGCUAAGUGCUUGUAUGGCAAUCCUGCUAAAAUUCUUGAAGAUAUUGCACAAGUACAAGCAGUGUACAAAAAUCUCCACCUGUUUGUUGAUCGUUUCUGUUAUAAUGCUCAAGUACAGAAGUGGCUGGUGAAUCUCAGUGGCACUGUUCCAGUAAUGUACAAAGAUCAUCUUUAUAAUUUGCCUCUCUGUAUUUGGUUGCAUACUGCUCAUCCUUGGGUUUAUCCAAAGUGCUUUGUGAAGCUACCAGCCAAUAUGGUAAUUUUACCUGGAAAACAUGUUGAUCAAAGUGGCGAUUUGGUGUUGAACUAUCUUCAGAACUGGAAAUAUCCAUCAUCAAAUCUCCUGGGCCUUGUACAAGAAAUUAUAUCAGUUUUCCAGCAACAACCACCUGUGUAUGCUGUUAUGAACCCAAAUUAUAAUGUGGUACACAAUCCACCAUCAGGUGGAGUAAACUCAUCAUAUGGAGUAUACAUCCCUGCAGCAAGUGCUUCCUCACAAACUGAAGUAAUUUGUGAAAACACAAAAAACAUUAACCUGUGUCAGAAUAAUCUUGAAGUUGGUGUCACCGUAGUAGGAGAGACAGACGGUCAAAGCAGCAAAAAGAAUCUGAUUUCUCUGAAUUGUGCUGAUGAUAAAAAUGUCCAUUCUUAUGUGAAAGAGCUUUUGGACAAUGGCAUUAUAUUUGAGGCACCUGUGCAACCAGCUUCAACCCUGCCUCCCUCAACACAACAGCCAGAGAUUCCAGUUGCUCAAAAUAUUAUUGUACAGAAAGACCAUGCUGCUCCUGUUCAAGAUCAAAACUUUCAUAGAGCAGCAAUUAAGUGUGAAGCAAAGGAAACUGCAGAAAUUUUUAAAGUAAGUCUUUAUAGUUUCAAGUACAUAUUAACAGUACCUUGA